UUCACAGCAUUUUCCGCCAGGCUGAUCAAGUGUUUGCAAGUGACGGAGUGCUCUCUCUCGGCUUCUUAUAGCCAUUUGCUGCUGCCCUUGCUUUUUAAAAUCACAAGCAAGUUUAGCUGGGGUACUGCGAGACAUUGAGGAGUAAGUGCUACGAAAAAGAAUCGGAUUUAACUCUCUCAAAGCUUCCUGCCAAGCGCCGUCACACAGCAGCAAGAAAUAGGAGGGGUUUCCUUUGACGCUUGUGGUUGCAGAGUGCUGGUAAGGUUGAACAUCUCGUGAAAGGGCAGGGCAAAAAUCAGUAACAAGUUCACAGACAAAGUUUUGGCAAGUAACAGUUUUGGAAGGGUAGUUUUUCGACAAGAUCCUGGCUGUAAAUGGUGAUAUCAAAUUCUGACAUUGGCCUUGAACGAUCUGAAAUUUUGUGAGCCAUUUCCUAGCCGCAAAAUGAGCCUGCCGAGGGUGAGUCGUGCCCUGGAGUGGUUCAGGACUUUAGCAAUAGCCGCCCUUUUCAUCGCCUCAUUAGCCUCAGCCCAACAGCAAUGUGCAAGGAGGAGCUGCUACCCAGCUACUGGAGAUCUGCUGAUUGGAAGGGAAGACCGCCUAACGGCAACCUCAACCUGUGGCCUUAAAGAGAAGCAAGAGUAUUGCAUUGUGGGAUUCCUGAAGGAACAGAAAAAAUGCUUUAUUUGUGACUCGACAGCGCCAACUGAUCGUCUGGUUUCAGGAUACAAAGUGAGCCAUUUGCCCAAGUACAUGGUUUCCGACAGUCUGGAUGACAAACUCAAAACAUGGUGGCAAGCAGCUAACGGGAAAGAGCACGUUUCUAUCCAGCUUGAUCUCGAGGCUGAGUUCCACUUUACCCAUCUUAUCAUGACAUUCAAGACCUUCCGUCCUGCUGGAAUGAUUGUCGAAAAAUCAUCAGAUUAUAACAGGACAUGGUCGGUCUAUCGAUACUUUGCCGCAGAUUGCGCGAAAACAUUCCCUGGUGUUAAACGCGGGCCGCAACUCAGAAUCGAUGACGUCAUUUGUGAAGAAAAGUAUUCUGGGAUCGAGCCAUCGACGGAAGGAGAGGUUGUAAUGAAAGUGCUGGAUCCGCUUAUCCCUGUGAAGAACCCGUAUAGCUACGAUGUGCAGAAACUGUUGAAGCUCACGAACCUUCGCGUGAAUUUUACGAAGCUGCACACACUUGGCGACGAUGCUCUUAGCGAUGGGCCAGCCGUGCGAAAGAAGUAUUACUACGCCAUGUACGAAAUGGUCGUGCGUGGAAGUUGCUCGUGUUAUGGACACGCCGAAGAGUGCAUCCCUACGAAUGGAGCCAAAAAUUUCCCAAAUAUGGUACAUGGACAGUGUAACUGCACUCACAACACCCGAGGACGGAACUGUGAAUUGUGCAAAGAGGGAUAUAAUGACUUGCCUUGGCGUCCCGCUUAUGACCAGCAGAUUAAUGAAUGCCAAAAAUGCAAUUGUCACGGCCAUACAGACAAGUGCCAUUUUGAUCCAGCCGUCUUCAAAGCCACGAGAAAUAGAAGCGGUGGAGUUUGCGAUGAUUGUAAACAUAACACAACUGGAAGACAAUGCGAGCUGUGUAAACCGCUAUUCUACCGAGACCCGUUCAAAGACCUCACUGAUACGAAAGUCUGCUUACCUUGCGAUUGUGAUCCGUCCGGCUCUACUGGCGGCGGUGAAUGCGAAACAUAUACGGAUCCGAUCGAUGGAACCGUGGCCGGACGUUGCAUUUGCAAGGAGAACGUGCAAGGAAGACGAUGUGACACGUGCAAAGAUGGCUUCUAUAAUCUCCAAGAGUCAAACCUAGCAGGAUGCCGAUCUUGCAACUGCGACCAACGUGGUACUGUUAUCGUCAACAAGUGUGACACUCUGAAUGGAAAAUGUAAUUGCAAAAGAUUUGUCCGAGGAACGACGUGCAACCAGUGUUUUCCACGAUACUGGGGUCUGGGAACUUCCAUUGAUGGCUGUCAACCAUGCGGUUGUGACGUUGGUGGGGCAUACAACGACAAUUGUGACGAAAUCACGGGAUCCUGUGAGUGUAGGCCUAACAUAAUCGGCCGUAAAUGCGACAUGCCAAGGCCUGGCUACUUCUUUGCUCUAAUGGAUCAAAACAGGUUCGAGGCAGAGGACGCUGUUCCAGCACCUGGUUCGGUGUUUUCUGUAGUCAAGCGAACUGAGCCAGCUGACAAAAGCAAGAAAAUAUGGACUGGCGAUGGAUAUGUGCUUGUCAAAGAAAACAGUGUAUUCGAUUUCACAAUGGUCCGGGUUCCUCAUUCCGGAAAUUAUGACAUGGUUAUCAGAUUUCAGCCUCAGGGGCCAGGAUCCUGGCAAGAUGUCAUGGCAACGGUGCGAAGGACUGACGGGCGGCCUCUAUCUGGUGGUCCCUGUGUUGCCUCCGGUACAGAAAAGGCUUUGAAGGCGACGUUGUACAGUUAUGAUGAUAGUGCCAAGUCAACGGAACCAAUCUGCCUACAGGAGAACGUUGUUUACAAUGUGCGAAUAAAGAUGCCGAAGAGUUUGUUCCCUGGGGAAACAAUCCUCAUUGAUUCGAUUGUAUUUAUCCCGCGCUCAGACUCGGUUAGUAUUCUCAAAGGUGCGGGAGCAGAUGCCAAGCGCCAACUUUAUGACGACACAUGCCAGAGAUAUUACCUCUCAGCCAAUCGACGUGACCCAAAUGCUCCUGCGCAGUGUCGGGGGCUUCAAUUCUCUGUUUCCUCAGUCAUCAAUGGAGGCGCUCUUCCUUGCCAAUGUGAUCGUGUUGGAACCCGCGCCAAUGGCACUAGCGACAUCUUGACUUGUGAAGCUGCGGGCGGCCAGUGUCCAUGCAAGCCGAAUGUUAUCGGACGCACUUGUGACAGAUGUGCUCCCGGUGCCUAUGGAUUCAGCUCACAGGGAUGCAAAGCUUGUAACUGUGAUCCUGUUGCAUCAAAAAGCCAGUUCUGUGACCUGACCACUGGUCAGUGCUCCUGCAUUGAUAACGUCGUUGGGAGGCAAUGCAACCAAUGUCCUGCCAAUCAUUUCGGCUUUCCAAAAUGUAGAAAGUGUGAAUGCAACGGACAUUCAACUUCGUGUGAUCCAAAGACGGGGGUAUGCCAAAAUUGCCAACACAACACCGCUGGAGAUCAUUGCGAAAAGUGUAGCGCAGGGUAUUACGGUGAUGCAACAAAAGGAACAAGCAAAGAUUGUUCUCGAUGCCAAUGCCCAGGUGGAAGUAGCGGAAAUCAGUUCAGCAAAACAUGCUACUUGGAUAACGGGGCAUCCCCUGCUAAGUUGGUCUGCGAUGCUUGUGAGAGAGGGUAUACGGGUACUCAGUGUGAGAAGUGUGCCGAUGGGUAUUUUGGCAAACCUUUGGCACCAGGUGGCAAAUGUGAGAAAUGUAACUGCAAUGGCAAUAUUAACGCCAAUGCUCGAGGCAAAUGCGACAGUGUGACAGGCGAAUGCUUCAACUGCCAACACAACACCACUGGAUUUUAUUGUGAGAUUUGUCAGAAAGGAUUCUUCGGAAACGCACUUAACAGGACUUGUCGAGAAUGCGUUUGCAACAAGAAAGGAAGCGAUUCGUCGUCUUCUGCAUUCUGUGACCCAUCGUCUGGCCAGUGCAUCUGUCGCAAUCAUGUGGUCGGUAUACAGUGUGACAAAUGCGAACCAGGCUAUUGGAACUUGGCCAGUGGCAAGGGCUGUCAGUCGUGUGAAUGUGACAAGGAGGGUUCUUUGGAAGCCCAAUGUAACCAGCUUGAUGGUCAGUGCAGAUGCCGAACUGGUUUUGGCGGCAGGACUUGUUCUGACUGCGAAGAUGGCUUCUGGGGCGAUCCUAAGGCGUCUGGGUGUAAAGCCUGCCUGUGUAACCCAGCUGGCUCUCUCAAUAGCCAGUGUAACAGAAAGACCGGCAAAUGUAAGUGCAGGCCCGGUGUGAUUGGUGAUCGAUGUGACAUGUGCGAUGCACAAACAACAGGCGUAAUGCCAAAAUGUGAGAGGUGCCACCCUUGCUACGACCAAUGGGACGAAAUAAUCAGCAAGUUGGAGAAGAACAUGACUAACUAUGUUGCAGGGUCAAAUAUUUCUAGCUAUUUUGCUACUUAUGACCUGGAACUGGAAACACUCAAGAGCACCAUGAAAGAUCUUGACAAAAUCUUAUUGGACAGACGUUUGAGUGCCAGUGAUGUAAACAAAUUCAGAAAGGAGCUUGAUAUGUUUAGGAAGAAUCUUACAAGCAUCAAUUCUAAGUCCCAUGCUGUUUUCAAAUCGCUCGGGAACACAACUAACAGAACCAUACAAGCAAACGAAGAGCUUGACCGUCUAAAAGAGUACUUAAAUAGUCUGCUCCAAAGGGGAAAACAGCUCAAGAUGAACAUGACAGAUAUUGCUUAUGGGGAUGUUGGAUAUGCAUACAAUGUGACACUUGAUAGCGAAAAGAGGUCCCUUUCUGCUGACAGAACCAUUAGCAGGGCUUUGAAAUCUCUGAAUGAAUCAAAGGAGUACCGAAUAAAGAUGGAUAAGGAAGUUGUGAAUGCCAACCCAAAAUUCAGCGACUUACACUCCAGCAACGAGCUGAUGCUUGGGCAAUUGACCGUCAAACUGAACGAACUUGAACGCAUUUUGAACGAAACAAAUAUGGUCUUAUGUGGAGACAAAUGUGGUCGUUGCACACACAAGGGUUGUGGCAUGUGUGGAGGAGGAAACUGCACAGGGGUAAAGGACCUUGCACAGGCAGCAUUAGCAAAAGCCCGUAAAGCAGAAGAAGCCAUGAGAAACAAAGAAGGCACCGCCAAGAUGCUGAUGAGGGAAGUACAGGAGAGUGAGACAGCCGUCAUGAACGCAAUGAAGAAAUCAAAACAGGCAAUGGAUGAUGCGAUGAAGGCGAAGCGCAUCGGAGAAGCAGCGGCAAGGAAUAUCACCAUGCUUAUCAAGGACAUCUACGACUUCCUCAAUGCCACUUACCACCACCCUGAAAAGAGCGAACAACUUGCAAAGAUGACACUAGCUUUGAACAUUUCAUUGACGCCAAGUGAGAUCACCAGUCUUGCUACUCAAAUCAAUGAAACUGUGAGAAACUUGACCAAUGUCAAAUCAAUAUUGGAUGCAGCCAAUGACGAUUAUAUCAAUGCCCAAGAAUUGAAGCGGCGAGCCUUGCAAGCUCAGGAGUUUGCACAGAAUGUCUCGGCUUCUGCUGAAGAUGUUAUCCUACUAAUGGUUGAAUUACGUGAAACACAGUCCACUGCAACGCAAAUGCACGAUACAGCAUCGGCCACUUACAACCGUUUGUCAGAAAAACUGAAGUCACUACGAGCUGACAUCGCCAAGCUGAAUGUAACUCUUAUGAAGGCUGACGCUACAACUUCCAUUAUGGCAAAGACGGCAGAUAUGGUAGAGAGGCUGAAUAAUGAGAACAGGCAGAACCUCACAAAUGCUGAAAGUGCAACAACAAAGGCUGUUGCCGAUGCCAAUCAAGCCGGCAAGCUUUCUUCGACCAUUAAAGGAAAUUUCAGCAACGUCCACAAACAGAUCCUGGAGCGUUCUGCUGGACUAGAUGACGCAAAACGGCGGGCAGAGAAGCUAGUUGCUAAUGCCCGUGCAAUGUACUUGAAAACUUUGGCCAAAAUUUCUGAACUUGAAGACCUGGGUCUCGAGUACACAAAACGCGAAAUUCGCGCCAAGGAUCUCGCUGAUGAACUAGCCAAGCUUGAGAAGAGAAUUGCUCUCUUACUGAAGCAAAUCCAGACGAUAACACAAUGUCAUACUGAUUGCAACCCGAAUAUUGAAGGUUUCUGCGAAGAUCUGCAGAUAACUAUUAACAAGAAAUAGAACUUUUUUGAAUAUUAGUCAUGCAUCAAAAGAUAAAGACCCUGCUGUCUAGCCCAAGAUUCAAUGCAAAAGUGAAAGGACCCAAUGAAAAGAAACACAACGUAUAUUUAUUAGAAGUUAUUUCUUUGUUAUCACGAUUUUGAUGGGCAAAGGUGGGCCUUGCCUCAAACAGUAGAUUGUCUUUGCUGGAUUGUAUGAAUCGAGAAUGUAACUGUUUGUAUGCAAAAACGUUUGUGAAUCCAUUAAUAGUUAGCCUUAACAUUUCUCCCAUGCUGUUGACUGAAGGUAAAUAUUCUUUGGUGAAGCCUCGUUUAUACGUCAUGAAGAUAUCGACUUUUUCAUCUGGUAUAGAACCUCCAGUUUGUUUUUGUUGUCAAAAUCAAGCCCUUUACCUAGCUUUCAGAGCACAACAGAGCCACAGCUAAGACUAACAUUUGUUAGAUCUAGGUCCUAAUAGUUUUCACCAUCUCUUUGAAUAUUUGCCAUCGUCUGCUAUGUAUUUAUGCGUGUUUAUGUAUCUAAUGGAGAUAGUAUUAUAAUCUUAAAAAAGUAAUUUUACUAGAUCUUUUAAUAAUCACAAUAUAUCUUAGUUUGAUUAAAUAAAAGAAACCACUACGGUUUAGAUGCCACGUUUAAUCGAUUCUUUUUACAGCUAGUUGACAGUUUUUAACUUGGUUGCUUUCUCACAAUAUAUACCUUUGAUAUACAUUUUAAUAUCAAAUUUCACAUAAACUCCCCUUUUUAUUGUUUAAUCAGUGACCUAUGGUGCCAUCUAUGAUCUAAUUUAGAUAUGAUAUGCUUUUAUAAAGCGCUUACUUCACUGUGAUUUGGUUCUUAUAGUUUACAAUAGUUAUUUACCAAACCAAUUCAUCCGUUUAGUCUUUAUCAUAGUACUGUGUAUGACAAGCCGUCAAUGUGCGCUGGUCUUUCAAGUUGUGACAGUGCACGAUGGGACAAAUGAUUGGUGAAAAAUAAUGGUUUUAUAACAGUCCUAUUUCUCAAUAUUUAUAGCCGUGUUGAGGCAUCCUGUAUGUUACGGCAAUUAUGAGAAGAUUUUAUCUUGUAUCCAGUGCUAUGUAAUUGUGUAUUUUAAUACAGAGCUUUGUAAUCAUUAGAUGUGUUUAUCAAUGUUUAUAACGGAAUUUCACCAUGAAUAUCUUCGCUUGCCAAUAAGCUCAGCUCUCUCUGUAAACAAUGUAUAAUUGCUACGCGUAUAAGAGUUUCUUAUUUUAUUGUAACGUUGAAUUUUAUUGUUAUAGAAAAACUGAUUCUGUUUCAAACUUGCGCUCCAAA